UAGGGACUAAAACUUAGAUGUUGGUGAUGCAAAUCUACUGGGCCAUAAGAAAAACCCAAAAACCUAAACCCACGCUCACAUCACCUCUACCACCAGCUUCAGCUUCCCUUCAUACUUGCUGGCUGGAUUUUUCUUCAAGAAAACCUUAACACUUAAUCAUUAUUUCCAUCUUCAUGGUUAAUGCUGUUGGGGUUUGUUAUUCUUGAAAAGGGUACUCAAUAUUUACUGGUAUUGCUUAAUUAUUGAAGCAAAGAUUAGUGAUUUUGAUGGGCUAAUGCUGUUGGGGUUCAUGAUUCUUGAAAAGGGUACUCAAUAUUUUGUGGUAUUGCUGAUGUAUUGAAGCAAAGAUUAGUGAUUUUGAUGUGUUAAUGCUGUUGGGGUUCUUGAUUCUUGAAAAGGGUACUCAAUAUAUUUAGUGGUAUUUGAGGUGUAUUGCGAAUGUAUUGAAGCGAAGAUUAGUGGAUAUAGUCUAUUGCUAAUUUUAAUGGGUUAAUGCUAUUGGAGUUUGUGAUUCCUGAAUAGGGCACUCGAUAUUUAGUGGUAUUCGGGGUAUUGUGUAUGUAUUGAAGUGAAGAUUAGUGAUUUUGAUGGGUUAAUGGUGCUGGGGUUCUUGAUUCUUUAAAAGGGUGCUCAAUAUUUAGUCCUAUUCCGUAUGUUUUGAAGCAAAGAUUAGUGGAUAUAUCUCUGCUGAUUUUGAUGUGUUAAUGCUGUUGGGGUUCAUGAUUGUUGAAGAGGUUACUUGAUAGUUAGUGGUAUUGCGUAUGUAUUGAAGGGAAGAUUAGUGGAUAGUUAGUAGUUUUGAUUAUGUUGAACUGAAGAGUAGUAGUUCUUGGUUUGGUGUAUAUGUUUGAAACUGAGGGGAGAGCAUCAGAACAUGCUCUCUCUGCGCCUGGUUCGCAGAUUUGGAACCGGGAGUCGUCACCUUGCUGCUGCCAAAGGGGCUAUUGUGCCCUCGGGUGCUGGUAAUACUUCUAAUAAAGCUUUUGUUUCUAAGACAAAGCAUGUAAAAGUAGAAGAGCCAGCACUUUUUAGGCUAAAAAAGGAAAAGAACCCUGAGAAGUUGUUUCAGUUAUUUAAGGAGAAUGCUCAUAAUAAGAUUGUCAUCGAGAAUCGCUAUGCGUUUGAAGACACAAUUUCUCGCUUAGCAGGUGCAGGCAGGUUUGAUUACAUUGAAAAUCUGCUUGAGCAUCAGAAGACUCUGCCACAAGGUCGCCGUGAAGGUUUCAUUAUUCGAAUUAUAAUGCUCUAUGGGAAGGCUGGGAUGAUACAGAAUGCUAUAAAAACAUUCUAUGACAUGCAUUUAUAUGGCUGUCCACGGACUGUUAAGUCAUUCAAUGCUGCACUCAAGGUUUUGACUCAAUCUCAUGAUUUGGAGGCUAUUGAGUCGUUUCUGUGGGAUGUGCCUGAAAGGUUCUUCAUCAAUAUAGAUAUACUUUCAGUAAAUACAGUCAUUAGAUCAUUUUGUAAAAUGGGUAUCCUGGAGAAGGGUUAUUUGUUCAUGGUUGAGAUGGAAAAGUUAGGUAUAACACCUGAUGUUUUUACAUAUACGAUACUUAUAUCUGCCUUUUAUAAAGCCAACCAAUGGCAGAUUAGUGAUGGAUUAUGGAACCUCAUGGUCCGUAAAGGCUGUAUGCCUAAUGUUGCUACCUUUAAUGUUAGAAUUCAAUUCAUGGUAAAUAUGGGGUUUGCUUGGGAAGCUAACAAAUUGUUGCAGUUGAUGAAACGUAUUGGGAUAACUCCUGAUGAGGCGACAUACAAUUUAGUGAUCAAAGGUUUUUUCCUAACAGAUAAUCUUCCUAUGGCAAAAAGAAUUUACUCUGCUUUUCAUGGUGCGGGCUUGCAGCCAAAUUCUAGAAUCUAUCAAACCAUGAUUCAUUACCUGUCUAAAGCAGGUGAGUUUGAUUUGGCAUAUUCAAUGUGUAAAGACAGCAUGAAAAAUAAUUGGUUCCCAAGUUCGGAUAUUAUUAAAAUGAUCCUUGAAGGGUUAUGCAAGGAUGGAACGGAGGACAGGAUGGGAAAGGCUCGAUUUUUGGUCAUCCUGGCUAAGAAAAAGAUACCCCCUUUCUCAGCAGACAUUUUGAACAUGAUGCGGUCAGUAACAACUCGUAGUUAAAAGUCCAAAAACAUUUAUUUCUGCUUGAUGGUUUAGCUGAUUUUGCAGCAGCUUCAUAAUCCACAAAGCAGUCCAAAAACAUUUAUACUGGGUAUGUUGUUGUUGUUGGUUAUGAGCCUCCACAGCGAAGAUAAUCUGUAAUUUCUCCAGAAAUAAGUUUUUCCUCUUUCUGGAAAGUCCGAUGGGGACUGAAAGAUAUUUGGAAGUACAACGGCAACCUAAUUUGUAUGGCAUUAAGUUGAUAUGAUGCGAAAUAGUACAAAAGAGGUUCGCUAGCUCCAAUUACUAACAAAAUACAUUUCCAGCAAGGGAGCUAUCCAUCAAAACAAAUAAGCUAAAGGUUCGCUAUCAUGCCAAAGUUAGAGAGCUAAUAAAAUCUAGAAAUGGGAUGAUAUUAUUUACGGGGGAAGAUUCCUCCAACUUUAAAGAAUCCGAAGACGUUUGGCUUUCAGAGAACUAUUCGGAGUUGAAAUGCCAUUGAAGCAUUUACAAUUCGUUUCUGUUCAAGUACACCAAAAUAUAGAUGCUGAGAUCAUUUGCCUGAUCUUCUUGAUGGUUUUGUCAACAUCCCAGUAGCUCCUUGAGGGGUCGUCCAACUAAAUGCCAAAAACUGAAAGGAAUAUGUGCCACAAAUCAACAGCCAUUCUACAGUGCAAAUAUAGAUGGUUUAAGUUCUGAGCUGUCUGGACACAUGUAAAAUCUAUUCACCAGCUGAAAAUUCCUUCUACAUAUAUUGUCUUGAGUCAAAAUUGCACUUGGGAGUUUUGUCUCCAUAUAAGCUUCCAUGGCCAAAACUUAAUUACUUCAUUAAGUGCACACAGUUUCUUGUACCCUACCUUGGCUGAAUAAUAAUUUCUGUUAGGUUGUCAUACCUUAGACUGUCUUGAUCUUGUGUGUUCAUUUGGAAGCUUUCUAGUGACUUGAGAAGAUUAAAGAGUUUACCAAGUUCCUUUUCCUGCAUGUGUUGUCUGAUAGAGGGAAUCCAUGUGGUUCCUGAGCUGUAUUGGGCAAUUGUAGAGUUUGGAGCCGCUGCAGUACAGUGAGUGGUAUAAAGAUUCAGAGAAGGAGAUCAAAAGGGACAAUAUUCCAGUGUUUCAUUUUGCCACACCAAAGUAAUACUGCCUCAACGGGAUCAAUUUGCUUCUAGUUUGAGCUGGGGUUGCUUCAAGGAUCUUUGGUAGUCAAAUGAGGAGAGGAGGGCAACCGUACAAGCUUUUGCUGUUGUAUGAUGACGAUGUGCGUAUGAAAGGACAUCCCUUUCCAGGUAUUUUCUUUUCUUUACUUUUCUGGACAAGUUCUUUUACCGGGUAUCUUCAGGGCUUUUAAUAUGAUUUUUCAGUCAUUUACUGGCGGAAAGAAAACUGGUCUCUUCUGGUUGAUUCAUAUAAGGAGAGAGGUUGCUUAUGAAUAGAAAGCCCAAAGAGAGGGAAAAAAAGGCAAAAUUGAAAAACAAAAGAGAAAAGGGAAAAACAGAAUCUGACAGAAUUUUACACAUCUCAAUGUAGCAUUUUUACCUUAUUCCUAUUCCACCAAAAUGAACAUUAGAGUAUGAAAUCUCAAAAAUAUAUCUGAGCUAUUUUCAAUUUCAUUAUAAUGUUCAAGUAAAUCUAACAUUAGAAUUUGGGUGUAAGAAUGGUGUUCUGUCUAGCAUGUGAAGGAGAUAGCACAUCUUGCAGUACGUCAACUGGGCAUCUAUGAUUCUUAAAAAACGGUUUAAUUACAUGUCCUUUCAGUGAGAAGCACUUUGAAAGGCAUGAUCAGGAGUUUGUGAAGCUGACAGCAUUGGAGUAUCGAACCAGCAGGCAGCAGCCUCCACCUGUUGAUGAACAAGAAAAGGACUGGUCCACAAAGGAGUCUAGCACUGACAGAUGAUGUCCUAUUGUACUCGUUUCAGUCUGCUGUCAAUCCCUUUGAUCAAACGAAGAAAACCAGUCAAGUGAUGCUUCUCUAUUGCUGUACUCGACCUGCAUUGGGGAUAGUUUGAUGUCUAGGAUUUAACCACCAUCCAAACCGAGUUGAGUACUUCUAAGGAUUAUGAUAAGGCAUUUGUGAUGAUGACAGCAAUGAAUAGGAAAGGGUCCUCGUCUUCUCUAUUGGUUUAUGAACUUAUGACAUUUUCAGUUCAACGUGCUACUGCCAGCGCCUUAACAUUGUUAGUUCAGCAUCAUACUAUUUUGCAAAUAUAUGUAUCUUUUUUUCCCUUUGGGGCUUGGAUGUCUUGCACUAGGGAAAGGCACUUGCUCCUAUUCUUUAUUUGUAUUGGAUUUAUUUGUUCUAACACGAGAUUCAUUCUUUCGAUUCAUUAAAGCGAGAUUCCUCUUUUUAGAAAUA